UGCGAGUGUUUUGUCAUAAGGAAUGCGACGGUUUUUCGAUCCAUCCAAGCUGGGAAUUGCCGGUCGCUGGACCCCUCGGUUCUGCUAGGCCGAAGGAGGGGAUGUCUCUACGCUGCGGGGAUGCCGCCCGCAGUCUGGGGCCCCGGGUCUUUGGAAGAUAUGUAUACAGCCCAGUUAGAGCAUUAAAUUCCUUGCAAGAUAAGCAAAAGGAAUUUUUACAAAAUGGCCCCGACCUUCAGGAUUUUGUGUCUGGUGAGCUUGCAGACAAAAGUACCUGGGAUGAAUAUAAGGGAAAUUUAAAACGCCAGAAAGGAGAAAGGUUAAGACUACCUCCAUGGCUAAAGACAGAGAUACCCAUGGGGAAAAAUUAUAAUAAACUGAAAAAUACAUUGCGGAAUUUAAAUCUCCAUACAGUAUGUGAGGAAGCUCGAUGUCCCAACAUUGGAGAGUGCUGGGGAGGUGGAGAAUAUGCCACUGCCACUGCCACAAUCAUGUUGAUGGGUGACACAUGUACAAGAGGUUGUAGAUUUUGUUCUGUUAAGACUGCAAGAAUUCCGCCUCCAUUGGAUGCCAGUGAGCCUUACAAUACGGCCAAAGCAAUUGCAGAGUGGGGUCUUGAUUAUGUUGUCCUGACAUCGGUGGAUCGAGAUGAUGUGCCUGACGGGGGAGCUGAGCACAUUGCAAAGACUGUGUCAUACUUGAAGGAAAGGAAUCCAAAAAUUCUUGUGGAAUGCCUCACCCCUGAUUUCCGAGGAGAUCUUAAAUCAGUAGAAAAAGUUGCUCUGUCAGGAUUAGAUGUGUAUGCACAUAAUGUAGAAACAGUUCCAGAACUUCAGAGGAAGGUUCGUGAUCCCCGGGCCAAUUUUGAGCAGUCUCUUCAUGUACUGAAACAUGCCAAGAAGGCUCAGCCUGAUGUUGUUUCUAAAACAUCAAUAAUGUUGGGCCUUGGUGAGACCGACGAGCAAGUCUAUGCAACAAUGAAAGCACUUCGUGAAGCUGGUGUGGACUGUUUAACUUUAGGACAGUAUAUGCAGCCAACAAAGCGCCACCUUAAGGUUGAAGAAUAUAUUACUCCUGCGAAGUUCAAAUACUGGGAAAAGGUAGGAAAUGAACUUGGAUUUCAUUACACUGCAAGUGGCCCUUUGGUGCGUUCUUCAUAUAAAGCAGGUGAAUUUUUCCUGAAAAAUCUAGUGGCCAAAAGAAAAACAAAGGCUCUCUAAAGCUUAGACAAGACCUUCAAGAUCACAGGAAUUUUAAGAUUUUUUUUUUGCUUCUAGUUGGUACCAGGGUGGCACCAGCUUGUCUAGAUUUCAGUGGAUGAACACCAGCACUGUUUGUCUGAAGAAAAAUGUCUGAUCCAGGCACCAUGGCACAUACCUGUAAUUCCAUUGAGGAGCGGAGGUCAGCCUGAUUUAUAUAGUGAGUUUUAGGUCAGCCUGGACUGCACAAUAAGGCCCUGUCUCAAAAAACUAAAAAGAAAAAUGCCUGUAAGCUGUACAUAAUUAAUUAUAAUAAUUCAUUUGACUUUUAGCUUGCCGCCUUUGUCCUAAUCAUUGCUGUGAUGUAAUCAUAGAAAAUCUUUUAACAGUUUGCGGUUACCAUUGUAAUAAAAAAAUCUAUUAAAAGCACUCAGAUUUUAAAAGUCA